CCUCUAACAAAAGAAUCUAGAAAAAUGCAGUGCAGCGGAUUCCCGCCGGGGUUGAAAUGCGGGCCUCGUUAACCCGGGAAGCGGGUGGGGAGGAGACGUCCUUCUCUGGGGAGGGGAGACAGUUAGGUCGGCGGAUCUCCUCUCCGCGUCCCAGUGCUGGACGGCCGGGAGGCGAGGCCACUGCUCAAGGAACCAACCAUCUGUGUUAUUCUCUUCCUUCUCCUCCAACCACCAUCGGAGACCGGCCCAGCCCCCAUCUCAGGACCCUGCUUGCUUCUCUCCAUAGCCCUUAUCAAGACGGGUCUUCACGUUAUUUAAUUGAUUUUAAAAGACACUAAUUAUUAUUUAUUUUUGUCCUUUUUCUUUUUCUUUUUUUUUACAGUGUGCCUCCCCCUCGGAAAUGUAGGCUCCAGGAAGGAGGGGCUUUAUUUUGUCCACGAUUGUAUUCAGUUAUUUUAACAAAUACUUUCUGAGGACCUCCCCAAGCCCUGCAAAGGGCUGGAUAUUGGGGAGGUUCUACCGGAACCAAGUCCAGUUGGUUGGUUCUAGACAUUCUGGGGCUGGGGACAGCGCUGUAAACACAAAGGAGAUCAUUGUGGGAUGAAGGCUGCUGUUGGGUCACCUUAGAUCAGACCACCUUCCUGAUCAGGACCACCUUACAUAUAGUGAUCAGGGCAGGCCUCUCAAAUUAGGUCACUUAAAGACCGCAGAUAAACUAUGUGGCAAGUACUAAAAGGGAAAAGCAACAAGCUAUGUGGGCACUUAACUCUGACCUAGCCUUAGAGGGCAGGGCGCUGAGGUCCAAAGAGUGAUGAUCAGGAUGAUGGGACUCAGAUCCUUAAAUUGCUCGUGUCCUGGAAACCACGUGGUCAAAGGGCUGAGCCGUGUGGCCAGACAAGAGAGACCCCCACCCCUGCCCAGGGAGCUCUGCGGUUUUCUUGGGAGCCAUGAAGCUAAACGAGAGGAGUGUGACCCACUACGCACUGAGCGACUCCCCGGCAGACCACACAGGCUUCCUGCGCACCUGGGGAGGCGCAGGGACGCCACCCACCCCCAGUGGCGCUGGCCGAAGGUGCUGGUUUGUCCUCAAGGGCAACCUGCUGUUCUCCUUUGAGAGUCGAGAGGGCCGGGCGCCUCUGAGCCUCGUGGUGCUGGAGGGCUGCACGGUGGAGCUGGCCGAGGCUCCCGUGCCUGAAGAGUUUGCCUUCGCCAUCCGCUUCAACGCUCCUGGGGUGCGCCCACACCUGCUCGCUGCAGAUGGGCCGGCGGCCCAGGAGGCCUGGGUGAAGGCGCUGUCUCGGGCAAGCUUUGGCUACAUGCGUCUGGUGGUGCGCGAGCUGGAGAGCCAGUUGCGUGAAGCCCGUCACAGCCUGGACCUGCACCGCCGCUCAUCCUGGAAGGCCGUUUCCGGCCGCUGCAAGCCCCAGGCUCCUGACCGCUGGUCCCCUGGCCUGGAGAACGGCCACUCCCUCUCCAGAGAUUGCAGCCCAAUAGGCUUGGUGGAAGAAGGGGGCAGCCGGCCAGCAGGGCGGGGCUUGGCUGAGUGGGAGCUGCAGGGCCCUGCCAGCCUCCUCCUAGGCAGGGGGCAGAGCCCCGUGUCCCCUGAGACCUCCUGCUUUUCUACCCUGCAUGAGUGGUACGGCCGGGAGAUUAUGGAGCUGAGGCGGGCCUGGCUGCAGAGGGCCCAGGAGAACCAGCCAGAAUGCAAGGACCAGGACAGACCCUGAGCCUGGGCCCUUCGGGUUCAGCCCUUGUCCUGCUGGUCAGGAUGCCAGGGCCAGUGCUUUUUCAGGAGUUUAAGGUUUUAUAGGUUCUUUUUUUUUAAACUGGUUUCUGAAGUUGCUUUUGAGGUGAGCACUCUGCUUCCUGCUUUUUAGGUUUUUUCCCCCCAGGUUCCAAGUCCACCUUCAUGCCUAGAGGGAACUGCAAAAUCAUUAACUUUCAACCCAUUUAUUUCCUGAGGCCCAGAGAGGAGAGGUGGCUUGCUCAGCAGUCACAAGGCAAGACUCAGGUCUGCUGACUCUGCGCUGGACUGCCCCUCUCUCAGGGGAUAUUAAUGAAGUGGGUAAUAUCACAUGACCACAGGUCACUCCACCUUCACCUAUACGAUUCUACAGUUUCCAACAUGGGGAAUCUUGUGUAAAUACCCGAAGUUGCCUGAAGUGUUGGCUUGAGGGAUUGACACUGUCAGAAAAAGUGGACUUACUGUGUCACAGGGGUUUCUGGGGCCUGGCUCCUCCUGAGUGAUGAGAAGAUUGAACAUGGGACCCCUAUCCUGCAGUGAAGACAGGGCCCUUUGGUGAGAGAGGGCCUUUAGUAAAGAGGGAUUUAUCCUGAUCAGAAAGUGUUAGGGCCCCUCUUCUUUCCAUGACUGCCCCGUCAACAGAUGGUGCUGGUCACUGCCCCAGGAGGGGCCAGUAGCUUUUCUGUUAGCAGAAACUCUGUCCUCAACUGCCAAGUGGGAAGCUGAAGUGGGCUCCCUGGGAAAGUCAGUGACUUUGAAUUUCAGUCCUGGGCAUUUUAGGAGCUUGGACAUAGGAUUCCUGGCACCCUGUGAUAAACUCUUCUCUCUUGACUGGGCCCCUAAAGGUAUUCCCGAUCCAGAAACCCCUAGGAACUGCUUCAGUCUUUCUUAUUACCCAGCGUGUAUCUGCCAAGACCCUCUGGUUUCUACUGUCACCAGCAUGGUGCCAAGCAUUUUCUUUACCAGUUGUUCUGAGAGGCAAAGUGACUGGGUGGACAGGGCCAGAGGCCGAUCAGCCUGGCAUCCUGAUUCUGGUGGCAGCGGCUGGAUGGAAGAUUCAGAGCCUGGUCCAGUAUACACAAUCUCUCCCUUAGCCUCUUUCCCUCACUGGGGUCUUAUGAGGCCUGACGAGGGGCCAACUAGGCCUAGAGUCUUCAGCUUAAGAGCCUUUUUCAGUCCAGGAGGCUGCAAUGCUGCCCAGGGUCCAGGACCUGCUCCGAGGAAGCUGGGUUUGUUUCCUAAGAAGAGGGGCUACCUUCCUAGCCCUGUAUGGGAGCCCCACAGCCUGUGUCUCUUGUUUCAUACGCAGAUAUUAUAGGUUUUUUGGUUAUAUUUAUUGUUACAGUGCUUUUUAUACGAUUAAAACACCAUGUUUAUUACUCGUAUUGGUUCCUUUUUAGCAGUUUGUGUGAAAGCCCCCAUUCCCCCCCUUUUCAGAUAUAUAUUCCCCCUUUUCAGAUAUAUUUUCCAUUUGGUUGUACAUAACAUAUACCGUGGCAUGAAAUAAAUUUCCAAAAUCA